CCCAACGGAUAGGCAUCGUAUAUUACGUAGUCGUUGGCGUGCACCGGUGUUGGGUUCGUCCGUCGAAAGUUUGAAGUUCGACGGCCAAUAAUGGAGUGAAAAAUUAUAAAAAGAAAAAGAGGCCAUGUUAUUACUGAGUCAACUCGUUCCUACUCUUACUCACUCAAUUCAACUCAACCCCAAACAACACAAAAAUCUCUUCUUCCCCAGAGCUCUCAAGCCCUCCUUCUCGCCCGAGUCUCACUCCCACCGGCUCACCCUCUCGCAGACCCUUCAGUCCCAAACCCUCGAAAUCCUCGAAUGGGCCUCCGUGUGCAAUCAGCUCUCCGCCUUCACAUCCACCUCCAUGGGCCUUUCCACCUCACGGAAGGCCGGCAUUCCCUUGGGCCGCUCCAGGGAGGAAAGCCAGAAGCUUCUGGACCAGACGACGGCGGCGGUCGCAGCCAUGGAGAUGAUGCGUCAUCGGCCGCUGGAUUUCUCCGGGAUCAAGGAGGUCUCGGGAAUUGUUAAUUCGGCGGCUUCCGGCGAGUUGCUCACCGUUAAGGAGCUUUGUGCGGUGAGAAGGACGCUGAGUGCGGCGAGGGGCUUGUUCGAGAAGUUGGAGGACUUGGCUAUGAGUGAAGUCUGCAGGGAAAGGUUAUUGCCACUCCUUGAAAUACUUAAAAAUUGUGAUUUCCAAGUGGAGCUGGAGCAAAAGAUAGGAUUUUGCAUAGAUUGCAAUCUUUCAAUUAUCCUUGACCGAGCAAGUGAUGAUUUGGAAAUGAUUAGAUCAGAAAGGAAAAUGAACAUGGAAAAUCUUGAUUCUUUGUUGAAGAGAGAGUCAACCCGGAUUUUUCAGGCUGGUGGCAUUGAUAGUCCUUUAGUAACCAAGCGGCGGAGUAGGAUGUGUGUGGGUAUAAGGGCUUCACACAGAAAUUUACUUUCUGAUGGUGUAGUUUUAGAUGUUAGUAGUUCUGGUGCAACAUACUUUGUAGAACCUAAAGAGGCAGUGGAGUUGAAUAACAUGGAAGUUAGACUUUCAAAUGCUGAGAGGGCCCAGGAGAUAGCCAUUUUGAGCUUGGUUACAUCUGAAAUAGCAAAAUCCAAAAUAGAGAUAAAGUAUUUGUUAGAUAAAAUCCUGGAAGUUGAUCUUGCUUUUGCUAGAGCUGGUUAUGCCCGGUGGAUAAAUGGGGUUUGUCCAACUUUUAGUCCAGAGGAUAGUGAGGUCUUAGAUUUUGACAAAUCAGAUUAUGCUAUGUCCGUGGAUAUUGAUGGAAUACAACAUCCUUUGCUGCUUGAGUCCUCUCUUAAAAGUUUUCCCUAUGCCCUCAUGUCUGAUUCUGAAAAUUCUGUUCAUUCUAUAGAAGAAAAUGGCAAAAUCCAUUCCGGAAAGCUUUCAAAGGGCAGAUCUAGUUUUCCUGUGCCAAUAGACAUCAAAAUUGGUUGCGGAACUAGAGUAGUCGUGAUCUCAGGACCCAAUACUGGAGGGAAAACUGCUUCCAUUAAAACUUUGGGUCUGGCAUCUAUCAUGUCCAAGGCUGGCAUGUACCUUCCUGCUGAAAAUCAUCCAAAGCUUCCAUGGUUUAAUCUUGUCCUAGCAGAUGUUGGAGAUCAACAGUCUCUGGAACAAAAUCUCUCGACUUUUAGUGGGCACAUAUCGAGGAUCAGUAACAUCUUGGAAGUGGUUUCAAAAAAAUCACUUGUCCUCCUUGAUGAGAUUGGUGGUGGAACUGAUCCUUCAGAAGGUUUGGCUCUAUCUUCCAGCAUCUUGCAGUAUCUCAAAGAUCAUGUUAACUUGGCUGUUGUAACUACUCAUUAUGUGGAUUUAAGUCGCCUGAAAGAAAAGGAUAACCGGUUUGAGAAUGCAGCUAUGGAAUUUUCUCUACAAACCUUACAACCUACCUAUCGGAUCCUUUGGGGAAGUAGUGGUGAUUCAAAUGCAUUGAAUAUUGCAAAGACAAUCGGUUUUAAUGUUGAUAUAAUCAAACGUGCAAAUGAAUGGAUGGAGAGUUUAAUUCCAGAAAAGCAGCAGGAACGGAAAGGUUUGCUAUAUUGGUCAUUGAUGGAAGAAAGAGACAGACUGAAAGCUCAGGCUAAGAAAGCUGCAUCUCUUAAUGCAGAAAUUAUUGACCUUUAUCAUGAGAUCCAUGAUGAGGCGGAAGAUCUUGAUACACGGAAGACAGCUCUGAUGACAAAAGAAACCUUACAGAUCCAGGAUGAGGUGAAAACUGCAAAAUCUAAAAUGGAAACUGUGCUGCAGGAGUUUGAAAGUCAACUCAGAACUGCCAGUUCUGAUCAAUAUAACUUGCUGAUUAGGAAAUCUGAAUCUGCAAUUGCAUCUAUUCUUGAAGCUCACUGUCCUGACGAUGAUGAUGAUACUUCUGACAGUGAAUCAGAUUCGAAUUCAUUUACACCACAAGUUGGAGAGCUAGUUAGUUUGAAGGCACUCAGGGAUAAGUUAGCAACUGUAGUGGAAGCUCCUGGAGAUGAUGAGACAAUCCUUGUACAAUAUGGUAAAAUCAAGGUGCGUGUGAAGAAAAGUGACAUCAGAGCUAUUCCUAGUCGCAACAAGAAAUCUGUUACUGGUUCUUCUCCACGUUUAAAGCGGCAGGUUCGACAGAGCAGAGAAUUCAAGAGUCAUUCGGGGGGCAGCAAAGAUGAAGAAGUUUCUUAUGGUCCAGUGGUACAGACUUCAAAGAACACUGUAGAUCUGCGUGGUAUGCGGGUAGAGGAAGCUUCUUACCAACUGGAAAUGGCCAUCUCUGCUAGAGAGUCUUAUUCUGUUCUCUUUGUCAUACAUGGGAUGGGCACUGGGGCUGUUAAGGAGCGCGCCAUUGAAAUCUUAGCAAGCCACCCUCGAGUGGCUAAGUAUGAACAGGAAAGUCCAAUGAAUUAUGGUUGUACAGUUGCUUACAUCAAGUAAAAUGUCACUUCAUAUGUCUGAUGACCUUUUUUUUCGUACAUAUCAUUUGCACCAGUUUUGAUUUCUUUACGUACAUGGGAUUAGAUUCCCUUGAUCAUUUAUUGGGAUUGGAUUCCCUUGAUCAGUUGUUGAGGUGAAAUACGGUAACUGUGAUAUCUUAGGCCAUCUUAAUAUCAUAUUAUUUAAAUUUUUUUUUA